AUGUCUCACUUCCCAUCGGCGAUGUCGACAAUUCUGGGAAUUCAUCGCGAUCUUGAAAAGCUGGAUGCUAACCAAAUGUGGGCGUGUGGACGUCUUGAGGUGGUCGUCUCAUUGUUGGUGAUUUUGCCGCAAGUCUUCUCACAGAUGACUUUCACCGAUAACUGGCAAAAGAGAGCCUCAUUUGGACACAACGGGGAAUGGGCACCAGUAGAGAGCCCAUGCGAACCGGUAACAAGUCUCGAUCGACUUCGCGAGCUUCAGCGACUUCAACGCCAAAUUUUGUUGUUGAUGGACGAGGCGACAAUGUGUGCUUCACAAGCCGUUUCCUCGCCUCCGCUUUACCCGAAAAAUCCAAAAUACUCUUUUCCCACAUAUGUGAAAACGCGAAAAAAU